AUGACUGACGAUGUCCUUGAUCUACACUAUAAGCCGGCUAAUAACAAUAACACUGUUGAUGAGGACCUCUCGGAUGAUGAUCAUUACGAUUUAACUCUAUCCUCAACAUGGACACUGGUGGCCAGUAAUGUCACGAAAGUCCAUCACCAUACCGACCAUGACAGGAUUACCUAUCUGAUAUAUUCCAUUCGUAUUCAGCGCCGGUUCUCGUUUUUCUCUCUGGUAAUGCUGUUGCCGUGUGUGCUCCUGGCGGCGCUUACUCUGACUAUAUUCUGGUUAUCACCGCAGACGACAGACAAGAUGUCCAUGGGAAUGGCAAUAUGGACGUGUUUUUGCGUGAUUCUUCUUAUUCUCGUUGAGGUUAUUCCUGGAAAUGGAAACGAACAUCCAAUGAUAGGAUUUUUCUUUGUCAUCAACCUGGUUCUGGUAACCGUCACAAUGAUCGUCACAGUGAUCACAAACAGGAUACGAGAGGCUGAUACCCCCGUUUCUCCAUGGCUUAAAAUGAUAGCCUUUAGUGUGCUUUCGCCACUGCUGUGUAUGAAGAUGCCAUGUAAGCAGAAAGCCAGCCUCAUCGACCCAGCUAAAAGCGGCACCGUCCCUGGGGAAUGCUUACCUGACGUGACCUCCGCACCGAAUACUGAAGACCAAAUCUUAAAUACAGCACUGAACACAAGUGACCCCCUACUGGCCAUCAUACGUCACAAGCAACUACUGCGCAUGCGUCAGAAGGAAACUAAAGAGAAAAUAGAGGAGGAGCGGCGAAAGGUGGCAGCAGUGUUCGACUGUUUAUUUUUCUGGCUAUUUUUAAUUGGGUUGCUGGGAGUUUGCUAUUGGAUUGGCACCACAAUCCGUAACAACACUUUUUCUAACAUAAAGCAAUAA